UACCGAGACACACCAACUCCUAAUUUUUACGUUGCUUUGUUUACGGCUUCGAACGAAUGCCACCUACCCUGGACGGUGAUGCCUGGUGCUCUGGAAUCGUAUAUCAUUCCCUCUUGCUUACAAGUGUUUAUUGCCAUUCAAUUGCUUUGUCAACAUGCCAGGGUCUGCUUAGGACUGCUUGAUAUAUUGAACAGUGACCACCAAAUGAGUAUGUAGGCGUUUGCUGGAAAGAAGAGCAAGUGUCUUCCUGAACAAGUUCGGACCCGCUGCAAACUUACACUUUAAAUCAACACUGCGACUGGAUCGGAAAAGUAAAGUAGAAUCUAGACUCUAGAUCUAGAUCUAAAUCAACAUUGCUGAAAGGGAGUUACAAACACCUGUCCAGUAGAAAUAUAAUAGACCACGGUUUACAACCUACAAAAUGAUGGAGGAUUUCCGGCACGUAUACAUCCGCUUAUGUAAAGAUCAUCACAUCGAUCCCCAAGAUUGUAUUCUGGAAAAGCUGAAAAGCUUUGAGCUCCAUGGAUCUAAAAGUAAAGCAGUUCUGGAUCUGUCAACCAAUAGCCUGACGCCAAAGACAUGUGCUGUCUUAGGAAAGGUUCUUGCCACAGACAGGACAUUUGUAGAGAUCAAGUUUUCAGACUGCAUGCUCACUGAAGAAGCAAUUCAAGGUCUUGCUCAGGGCCUUGCUUACAACUCCUUUUGCAGAAAACUGGAUCUGAAGGGAAACAAUAUACGAGGUGCUGGCACCGAAGCUUUGGGGAAAAUGCUCAGGCACAACAAAAGUUUAGUGAGUUUAUGCUUGGAGUGGAAUGGAAUGGGUAUGCUGGACAGCUCUUUCUCUGUGUUCUGUGAUGGUGUGGGUUCAAGCACAUCUCUGAGAGCUUUAGAUCUCCGCAACAAUCAAAUAAGUCAUGACAGCGUCGCAGAACUGGCAACCUCAUUGAAAAGGAAUGUCCACCUCAGGGCUCUAGAUCUUAGAUGGAAUAACUGUGGUCUUCUGGGAGGAAGAGCUCUCCUUGAGAUGCUGCAAGCCAAUAAGACUCUCUCACGACUGGAGCUGGCUGGAAACAAUGUUCCUUCGGACAUCACAAAAUCAAUUGAUGCUGCAGUUUCUGGCAAUGCUGAUCGACAAGCCAUUGUAGAUGAAAAUCUCAAAAGGACUCAGACAAUGGCAAAACACAUCCGUGAUCUGGAAUUUGAUAAGAAACUUCAGAUCAAUGACUUAAUGUCUGCAAUUGAUCAGAAAGAUGAAAUCUUGAGGAAAUCUCACAGAGUCUCCACCCAACAGAUUGGGAACUUGCAAGUGGCUCUUGAUGAGAGGAAAGGUGCAUUCAACUCUAUGGCAGCAAAAUUAUCUAUGGCUGAGACGGAACUGGCGUUAUCAGAGCAGAAAGUCAAUGAGUUCAGUUCAACUGUCAAUCGAUUCAAGGCGGAAAUGCAAGAAAUGGCUGUGAAUCAUUCAAAUGAAUUUCGUCGAGAGAAAGAGGAUAGAGCAAAUGAAGAAAUCAAGUAUCUGAGGGAAAUCUCCGAGGCGCAGGACAAGAACGGCCAGUUACAAAACAAGGUUGAAGACCUGGAACGUAAAUGCCGUCACCAGCAAGAACAAAUUUACGAGCUGAAGGAACAGGUGACUCACCUACAGUCUGAGCUGACGCUCAAAGGCUCACAGUUUGAUGAGAGGAUUACCCAGGAGAAGCUGAGACAAAAGGAAGCCAUGCGAGAUCUGGAACAGUACAAACAGAAGGAUAUGAACCGAAUGAAACAAGAGAGUGAAGAAAUGGAGCGUAUUCUGCGAGACCGCAUAUCAAAAAUGGAGUCACAGAGACUGGACAUGGAGGAAGAGAUUAGCCGUCUGAAGGCAGCUAACAUGGCUGAUAAGUUGAAUGCUGAGGAGCAGACAUCAUCUCUCAAGCACCGACUGAAGUCGGAGGAGGAGCAACGUCACGUCCAAUUAGAGGAGAAAAUCCGAGUGCUGCAAACGAGCAAGGACGAGCUCCAGAGCCACUGCAACCAGCAGACAGCCUCGCUGACGCAGCUACAGCACAAGAACAGCAACUUACAGCUGGAGCUGGAGAACAUGAAGAGACAGAUGGACGAGAUGGCUCAGGAGGUGUCGGAGAAGAACAGCUACACCAUGUCGGAGGUGGGCAAAGUGAAAGUAGAGCUGAACAAGUCUCAGGCCAAACUGGAGCAGGAACGUUCCACGCAGGCCGAGCUCAGGGAGAAGCUGUCCACUGUGGACAGUCAGAUGUCAGAACAAUUACUGAAACACAGACAGGCCAUGGAAGAGAAAGAAAAAGAAAUUGUGACUCUGCAAGAAAAAAUGAAAGGACGUGACCUUGAACUUGUUCGAAUGAGAGAAGAAGAAUCUCAAAGAGUGCAGAUCUUACAGUCGGCCAUUUUGAAUUAUGUUGGCAGUAAUCGUGGUUCUUCCCCGCGCUGAUCUCAGCUGUACAAGAUAACGAUAGACCAGUGUGAUCUAGAGGGCUUUUCAAAUAUGAAUUUACACUUUUAAGGAACGUCCUGGAUGGGCAAACAUUCCAUUUUUGUCUUCACUAUAGCUGAAUUCCUCCUUCAGUGUUUCACAGAGAUUUUGAUUGCCUUUCUACUCAAGACUGCCAAACAAGUUAAAAUUAGUAGAUUAGCCCUCUCCUGAGCCGUGCAGUUAAAAGUUCUACCUUUUCAGUAAAGUGUUCACAAAAGUUCCCGUAACUGGAAAACUGGAAAUUUUGAAUGGCUUGUCUUGAUGAUGAAUGGAACAUUUUUCAGAAUUGACGUAUGUCUUAAGUGUACUCUUAUUUUUGGCACUUAAUAAUAUCAGUAUUAAUCUGGAUCUUGCAAUGUUCAGUGCUCGUCACAAGUGUUAAAUCGAAUAUGUUGUUUGAAGAGAGGAAAAAGAACAUGCCUUGGAUUAAACAAGAUAUUCAGUACUCAAGAGUGACAGAAUUUAAUUAUUUACAAUAUUGAUAUAUGGGAGCCUACACAAAUACCAGUGAUUAUGAAGAGAUUUGAAACUUAUCCUUCAUGAAACCAAAGGUGUCAGUAAGUGAACUAUGCCUUUAAUUGAGCUCAUAAUGUAUGAUAUGCACACAUGCAGUGGAAAGAGCAUAAUAUUGCUAAAGCUGUUAAAUUUUUUUCAUCAUUCCUUAUGGAAAUAUCAACCAAGACUCUUAAUGCGGCAAGGCAUCCAUUAGCAUUUCUUUUUUGCUCUUUUCAUCCUGCAAACAAAUAAAUCUGGAUUGUGCCUUAAGAA